AGUAGAAACUAGGAAAAAUAGACAAAGAAAUACUUCCUCAAGUAACUAUUAUCAGGAAAAAGGUGGUAACAAAUCUUAGUAAUUUAUAAAUAUUAUACGUUAUAGAUAAAGACAAAUUUGCCCUCUUCCUUCAUCUACCUCUACACAUGCGGAAAAAAUUCAUCUACCUCUCAGACACGCAAAAAAUUAAAAUAUAAUUGGAUUUUGAACGAAGGCAUAGAAGCCUGUUCAUUUUUCACAUUACAAAUUCCACUGAUUUUGCUGUUGUUAAGUGCGUUUCGAUUAAGUUUCAGCUUUCAAAGGCAAAGAAAAUGAUGAAAGAGAUUCUUCUUCUUGUUCUCCUCUCGUUGGCCUUUCGAACGACCUUCUCAGUUUCAGAAUCCCAAUCUGUUGCUCUACUUCCUCAUCAUGCGGACGAAUUAUUCAAUAUCAGUUAUAUUCAGAUGAAAAACGUUGGAAGUUGUUCUUACUUGGUGGUUAUUUCUACUAGUUGUUCGUCUCCUAGGUAUACCACGGAUCAGAUCAGUAUUGCUUUUGGGGAUGCUUAUGGAAACCAGAUAUAUGCACCAAGACUGGAUGAUCCAUCUUCAGGUACAUUUGAGAGCUGUUCUUCAGAUACGUUUCAGAUAAACGGUCCAUGCGCAUAUCAGAUAUGCUAUGUGUACCUAUAUAGAUCUGGCUCAAAUGGUUGGAUACCUGAAAGUGUGAAAAUCAACGGUUAUAGCGGCAGGCCUGUUACUUUCUAUUACAACACGUUCAUUCCCCGAGAUACGUGGUAUGGGUUUAAUUUGUGCAACAAUGCGGCUUCUUCGUACCAAGUGACUGCUCAGAAAUGGCUGAUAUUAGUGAUUCUAGGAUUUGUUCUAAGUUUUUGGUUGUAAGUUUAUGUACUUUUCAUCCCCUACAAUUCCUAUACUUUGUAGCUAUGAAACUUUGUAUUUAAGUAUUGUAUGAAGAAGUAGUAGAGAGAGGAGAUGUGGAAGACCCUUGGCCUAGUCGAUUAAUUACUUAAUUAUGUGGCAUUCCUUUUCAAAUUCUUUGUUUUAUGAUCAAAUUAUGUAGUUUGAGGUUGGUGUUGUGAAUUGAAAAACUCGAAAAAUUAUGGCACA